AACUUCUGUUGAGAUAAACUAAACGUCAGACGAAUAAAAAUUUCUUUAGUUUUUGACGUUUUAAUAACAUAAAUAUUUUAAUACUGCAAUUUUUAAUUGCAUUAUAGAGAAAUAUACAAUUGUUGAACAUGGGUGGUCAUGGACACGAGCCACCGUAUACCAUACCCAAGUAUACGGAGUUUCAGAUUAAGGGUAUCCCUCAGCUCCAGGAAUUAGAAGAGGCACUCGCUCGGAAAGGAUUAAAAGACCCAUGGAUCAGGAAUGAGGCCUGGAGGUAUCACCCUGGAUUUGGCACUCGCUGGCAGCGUGCACGAAAACUGUUCUUCAGAGGUUUGCCCCUUGGGAUUGCACUCACUGCGGCAACAGUUGCCUAUGAUAAAUUAACUGCAAAGGAGGGUCAUGGUCAUGGUCACCACUAAAAAGUUUAAAUUAGUAAAGUAACAAAUGUAUGUACUAUGUUUAGUUACAAACAAUAGCAAAACAUGUUCAAUAAUAUAAAUAGCAUAGAAAUUAUGUUAACAAUUAAUUAAUAAAGUAUCUUACUUUUAAAUACCCAUCAGCUUACAUUAUCCUUGUACAUGGAAACAAGACUAUUCCUAUAAUAAAAUUGCAAAAGGA